GGGCGAGAGAGUGAGAGGAAGAAAGGGGCAACUCUAGGAAGUGGUAAUGCAUAAACCGUAAGCAUUCGAAGCGAAGGUAGUGAAGAAUCGAAUUGGAAAUGGAGGUGGAGUUGGAACCUCGCGUGAAGCCUCUUCCUUAUAAGGUCAAAGCCAUGUCCAGGGAAUCUCCCUCCCAGAAAGCCCUUCACGUUCUCGACACCGACCUCCGCACCCAUUGGUCCGCCGCCACCAACACCAAAGAAUGGAUUCUUCUCGAACUCCAAGAGCCUUGCCUGUUGUCGCAUAUACGAAUUUAUAAUAAGUCUGUACUUGAAUGGGAAAUUGCAGUUGGCUUACGUUACAAGCCAGAGACAUUUCAAAAAGUUCGUCCCCGUUGUGAAGCACCUAGACGUGACAUGAUCUACCCUACAAAUUACACACCAUGUCGAUAUGUGAGGAUAUCUUGUUUGCGUGGAAAUCCCAUUGCUAUUUUCUUUGUUCAGCUAAUAGGAGUUUCUGUGGCUGGUCUUGAACCUGAGUUUCAACCGGUUGUUAAUUAUUUGCUACCUCAUAUUCUAACUCACAAACAGGAUCCUCAUGAUAUGCAUCUCCAGUUGCUGCAAGACAUGACAAGCCGGUUACUUGUAUUUCUUCCACAACUAGAGACAGACUUUGCAAGCUUUCCAGAUACUCCUGAAUCUAACCUUCGAUUUCUUGCCAUGCUUGCUGGUCCUCUUUAUCCUAUUCUUCAUGUGGUGAAUGAAAGGACAACUUCAAAGCCUCUGGGUAACAUCACUGACCUAGAUGUCUCCAAAAGUAGUCAAUUGUCACCGGCUCUAACUGUUUCCUCUAACUUUGAGCCAAGGAGAUCACGAAGUGCAUCACCGUUCAUUUUCUCUGCAUACCGUGCCAUAGUUUUUAGGCCAGAUGCAAUUUUUGUGCUUUUGAGAAAGGCUUAUAAAGAUUCUGAUCUGGGCUCUGUUUGUAGGAUGGCAUCUAGAAUUAUGCAGAAGCUCAUAAAUCCUGAUCCUGAGCCUGAUGUUUCAAACCCUCAAAAUGAAGUAACAUCUCAUUUGGAAGAUAAAUCAAAUUUGGAACUGUCUAGUCCUUUGACUUUAGUUGAUUAUUCAAAGUUGUUUGGUGAGGAGUUCCGGAUGCCAGAUGAGCACUGGGAUUGCAGCUAUCUAAAUAUAUUAGAUUUGGGGGCAGUGGAAGAAGGGAUCUUACAUGUUCUUUAUUCUUGUGCAUCACAGCCUGUUCUUUGCAGCAAGUUGGCCGAGAGAUCUUCAGACUUUUGGGCUGCACUGCCACUUGUACAAGCUCUGCUGCCAGCUCUACGUCCAUGGAUGACCAAUUCUUUUGAUGCUGUUGAUGACACAUUUUCUCAGUGGAAGCAACCUAUUGUACAGCAGGCCUUAUCUCAGAUUGUGGCUACAACAACAUCAGCCUCUUAUCGUUCUCUUGUCCAUGCUUGUGCUGGUUAUCUGUCUUCAUACUCACCAUCUCAUGCUAGGGCUGCAUGUGUACUUAUUGAUCUGUGUUCUGGGGUGCUAGCACCGUGGAUGACUCAAAUUAUUGCAAAGGUUGAUCUUGCUCUGGAGCUUUUGGAGGAUCUUUUGGGCAUAAUCCAAGAUGCUCACAAUUCACCUGUUCGUGCACGUGCUGCCUUGAAGUUUAUUGUGCUAGCUCUAUCAGGGCAUAUGGAUGACAUACUAGGAAAAUAUAAGGAAGUUAAACACAAAAUCCUCUUUCUUGUGGAGAUGCUGGAACCUUUUCUUGAUCCUGCCAUUGCUGUAUCAAAAAGCAAAAUAGCUUUCGGAGAUUUAUCUUCUUCAUUUCCAGAAAAGCAGGAACAUAAUUGCAGUACUGCUCUAAAUAUCAUCCGUACUGCUGUACGUAAACCGGCUGUGCUGCCUUCUUUGGAAUCAGAAUGGAGGCAUGGAUCUGUGGCUCCCAGUGUGCUUCUCUCAAUAUUGGAACCACACAUGUUAUUGCCACCUGAUGUUGACCUUUGCAAGUCUGUUUUAAGACCAACCGAUCAAGAAAGUGCGUCUAUUUCACCUCUUUCCUCUGGUAUCAAUGGUGGUGGUGUUUUUUCCAAAUCAAAUAAUCAAGAUGAGGCAGAUGGAAAAACAGAUGUUUCAGAAACAGCAGGAAAAUUCGAUUCUGUUGAAGAUCGUAGUCUACUUUUUGCCCCACCAGAGCUGCAGAGUAUGACAUUGACAAACUUCUCUAAUGUUCCUAAUCAAAAUGGUGCUGUUUCUAACACUGGGGAUAUGAGCUUGGAAUCCAAGCUUGUGACUGAGAAGCACUCAACCCAUCAUUUUCCUACUAAUAUCUUUGAUGCUGGCCUUGGUGUUGAAUACUUCAACCUGCAGGCAGAUUAUUUUCAACUUCUAAACUACCAUGAUUGUGAGCUUCGUGCUUCUGAGUUCAGACGCUUGGCUUUAGAUUUGCAUUCUCAGAAUGAUGUCACUGUUGAAAGCCAUGAUGCUGCAAUUGAUGCUCUGCUGUUAGCAGCAGAAUGCCAUGUAAAUCCUUAUUUUAUGUUGUCUGUUGGAGCCUCUUCAAAACUUACGGAUCUUUUGAAUGUUAGUGAAUGUAAAAUUGUGCAGUCUUGUGAUAAUGUGGAGUUAAAAGGGGCUUACAAAAAGAAUAAACCUCAUUUAGAAACAAUUGCACAUAUAGAAAGAAAAAGAGAUAAACUUGUUUUUCACAUAUUGCUUGAGGCUGCAGAAUUGGAUAGGAAUUUUCAUUUAAGAGUAUCUAAUGGGGAAGACAAUUUUUAUUCUGUUGAAGGUUUUGAUGAACCGGUCAUAAAGCUGUCUCCCCUUGAUGUACAACAUGCAGAUGCUUUAACCUUGGUUCGACAAAACCAAGCUCUGCUCUGUAACUUUUUGAUCCAACGUUUGCAGAGAGACCAAAUUUCAAUGCAUGAAAUACUCCUGCAAAGUCUUGUAUACUUUUUACAUACAGGCACCAAAUUAUAUUGUCCUCCAGAACAUGUGAUUGAUAUCAUUUUAAAAUAUGCUGAAGACUUGAACAGGUCGCUGGCAUCUUUUCACCAGCAGCUGAAGGAUGGUAGUUUGCAUUUGACCCAAGAAAGAACACAUGGGGUAGAGCGACGCUGGUUAUUGCUACAAAGAUUGCUAACUGCUGCAAGCAGUGGAGGUGAAGCGGAAAAUUUUAGAACUAAUGUCCAAAAUAAUUACCUCUCUGGAAAUUUAAUUCCUUCUUCAGCAUGGAUGCAGAGAAUCUCUCAUUUUUCUAGUUCUUUAUACCCUUUGGUUCGAUUUCUUGGUUGGAUGGCAGUAUCUCGCAAUGCAAAACAGUAUAUGAAGGACCAAAAUUUCCUUGCAUCUGAUCUGUCUCAGUUGACAAAUUUACUUUCCAUUUUUGCGGAUGAUCUUGCUGUUGUUGAUAAUAUUGUUGACAAAAAGUGUGACGAGAUAAAAAUUGAGGAUUCACAGAUUGAACAUGCUGCUUCUGCUAAAAGAGAACUUGACCGUGGUAACCAAUGUGAUGAGGAACGAUCUUUCUUUGCAGUAUAUCCUGAACUCUGGAAGUUCUUUCCUAAUAUGAAAAGGCAAUUCAAAUAUUUUGGAGAAGCCAUUUUGGAGGCUGUUGGUUUGCAGCUGAGAUCUGUUUCUUCUGCUCUGGUGCCUGAUGUUUUGUGUUGGUUUUCUGAGUUGUGUACAUGGCCAUUUUCUUUUGCUUCUUCAAUUGGAAGUCAUAAUUUAAAAGGUUAUAAUGCAAAGAAUGCCAGAGCAAUAAUCCUUUAUAUACUUGAAGCUAUCAUAGUUGAACAUAUGGACGCUAUGGUUCCUGAGACACCUAAACUAGUACAAGUUCUUGUGUCACUCUCAAGUUCUGGGUACUGUGAUGUGUCAUUUCUUGAUUCUGUUUUGCGUUUGUUGAAGCCUAUCAUUUCUUAUUCUUUGUCCAAGAUCUCUCAUGAUGAAAAGUUAUUGGAUGGUGAUUCCUGUCUUAACUUUGAGGAAUUAUGCUUCAGUAUUCUUUUCAGUAAACUCAAACAAAAGAAUGAGAUUGAAUGUAGUUCUGAAGAUAAAGGAUAUAAUAUAGCGCUGGCUAUUUUUAUUUUGGCUUCAAUUUUUCCUUAUUUAUCUGUUCAAUAUAGGAGGAAGUUUUUGCAGUCUUUAUUGAGUUUGGCAAACUUUUCUGCUUUUGAGCCAACGACUUUUUUCUUUGAUUAUAUCAGUGCAUUUCAAUGUGUUAUGGAUAAUUGCAAAUUACUAUUAGUGAAUGCAUUAACAGGAUUUGGUGUUAUUCCUCUUCAGCUACCCCCUUUUCCUCAUGCAAAUGGUGAUGGGCUUUCUGAAGAUAACUUAAAACCAAAUCCAUGGUUUCUUAGUGAUGUCUGUCACACUUCAUGUGAGAAUGACACUCACAAUGUAGAAAGUAACAACUCUACUGCUGAUGUUGAUCAUUGUGAUUUACCUUCUGAUGAUAUAGAAGGCUUUUCUAAGGACAUAGAGAGCCUCAUUUCUGAGCUUACUCCUGCUAUUGAGUGCUGUUGGAAUCUUCACCAUCAGAUAAGCAGAAAAUUGACAAUAGCAUCGGCAGAAUGUUUUGUCUUUUCAAAAUGUUUGACAUCAGUUUCUCAAAAAUUUCAUAAAGCUGAAGAUGAUGAUCAAAAUUCUUCACCGGCUAAAUCAUCUGACAUGUAUACACUUCAUUGGAGAAUUGGUCUUCAAGGCCUUUGUGAAAUGAUCUUUAAGCUCCAAGAAAGCAGUUGCUGGGAAAUUUCUUGCUUGAUGCUUGAUUGUUUACUUGGAGUACCCUAUAGCUUUUGCCUGGAUAGUGUGGCAGGCAUGAUAUGUUCUGCAAUAAAGAAUGUUUCUUACAGUGCACCUAAAAUCUCUUGGCGUUUGCGGAGUGAUAAGUGGUUGUCUUCUUUAAUUGCUAGAGGCAUCUAUAACAGUCGAGAAAGUGAGGUUCCUUUGAUAGAUCUAUUUUGUUCACUGCUGGGCCAUGCUGAACCUGAGCAACGUAUUAUAGCAAUUAAGCAUUUGGGAAUACUUCUUGGCCAGUGGGCGAAUAGAGAAAGGGCAAUGAUGAAUUCUAAAAUUUGCAUCGACUACAUUCCAGAUAAGUUAGCUUUAUCCGUGCCUGAUUAUGUUCUGUCUCGUCUGGUUUCUAGUACUUGGGAUGAAGUAGUUGUGCUGGCAUCAUCUGAUAUAUCAUUACAAAUAAGGGUUCAUGCAAUGGCACUUCUUUCGAAUUACAUUCCAUUUGCUGAGCGUCGUCACUUGCAAUCUUUUCUUGUGGCAGCUGAUAAUAUUUGUUGUUUGCGUAAUGCGCAAACAUCACAAGAUGGUGCCAUCCUGCAACUUUCAUUAGCACUUAUUGCUUAUGCCUGCUUGUACUCACCAGCUGAAGAUAUUUCUAUGAUUCCUCACAAUUUAUGGGAAAAUGUUGAAACUUUAGGGUCAAUAAAACAUGAUGGAAAGCUUGGAGAUCUUGAAAAGAGAACUUGUCAAGUCCUAUGUAGAUUGAGAGAUGAAGGAGAUGAGGCCAAAGAGGCCCUGAAAGAAGUACUGUCUUCAAAUUCUUCAAAGCAGUACGACCCAGAUUUUGCUAAUACACGUGAAUCUAUUCUCCAGGUCCUUGGUAACUUAACAGCAGUUCACUCGUACUUUGAUUUAUUCUCAAGGAAAAUUGACCAAGAUGAUAUGGAGCUUGAGGAGGCUGAGUUGGAGCUAGACAUUAUACAGAAGGAACAAGCAUUACCAGGACAAAUGGAUGAUUCCGUAGAUUUGAAUCAGACUCCAAGUCUACACUCCUACAGAAAAGAUGCCUCAAGGAUUCAGCAAAUCAGAGAGUGCAUACGUACCCUAGAAAAGUCCAAGCUUAAAGAAGAUAUUGUAGCCCGUAGGCAAAAGAAACUACUUUUGAGACAUGCCCGUCAAAAAUAUUUGGAAGAAGAAGCUUUACGGGAAGCAGAACUUCUGCAAGAACUUGAUAGGGAGAGAUCAGCCGAAAUGGAAAAAGAGCUGGAGAGACAAAGAUUGCUGGAAAUAGAGCGUGCUAAAACAAGGGAACUGCGUCACAAUCUUGAUAUGGAGAAGGAGAGGCAAACACAGAGAGAACUUCAGCGUGAAAUAGAGCAAGCAGAAUCAGGGCUUCGGCCAUCUCGGCGUGAUUUCCCUUCUUCCUCUCACAGUAGUCGACCUAGGGAUAGAUUUCGAGAAAGAGAAAAUGGAAGAUCUGGUAAUGAAGGGAGUACUAGAGUUGGCGGUGGAAGCUUACAGCCUGAAAUUCCUUCUACUAGUUCAUCAAUGGCAGCCUCACCAACUAUAGUUCUUUCUGGAUCUCGGACAUUCUCAGGCCAGCUGCCUACUAUCUUACAGUCACGUGAUAGACAGGAUGACAGUGGCAGCACAUAUGAAGAAAAUGUUGAUGGAAGCAAGGACUCUGGGGAUACCAGUAGCAUUGGAGAUCCAGAAUUAGCAUCUGCUUUUGAUGCCCAGUCUAGUGGAUACGGGUCUCAAAGGCAUGGUUCAAGAGGAAGCAAGUCAAGGCAACUUGGAGAACGUAGAGACAGAGACAACAGACGCGAAGGGAAGUGGGAAAGGAAACAUUCAUAGUUAAUGAGCAAGGAGUGAGCAUUGUAUAUAUAUAUAUAUAUAUAUAUAUAUAUACACAUGCACGGAGAGCAGCACCUCUAUUGCCUCCCAACAAAACCAAACCCUUGGAAUGGAUAUUUGCUGUAGAACUUGAAUUUGGAGAAUUCUAUGCAGAAACGUGGGGAGCAUAACCUUCUGGAUCUGCUACAGGGUGAACAAUGUUGUAGAUUGACUAGAUUCUUAUGGAUGGCUGAAGUAGAUGCUGGUCCAUUUCUGUCCAAUAGUGUGGAUGGCAGUCUAACAGAUGAUUCACAUGGCUGUAUACAAGACAAUUUAAUUAUUUUUAUUUUCUUUGCAUCAUUAAAUCUUUCCUUUAGCCAAUGUAAUCAAUUGAAAUUUGAUUAAAUGACUUUGAAGUUUACUGAGUGACAAUUAUUUUUCAUCUAUUGAAAAAAUAGAUCCUAG